AGAGAUUCCACACAAAACCCAAAAAAAAAACAAAACACUUUGGAUUUCAUUUCCAUCGUUGCUCCUCCGAUUUUUUUUGUCUAAUCAAAUCAUUUUCCCUAUCGUUCAAUAUAACAUUGAACGUAAACAAGAUCCUAGGUUUCUGAUACCAAAGUGGCUAUCCAGGUCUCUCUUGUUUGGUCUCUGAUGGAUAACAUCAAUUUUGAAACCUCAAACGCUUCACAAGGAAGCCGACUACACUUACAGCCGCAACCGCUCCAGCCGUUUAAUUUACAAGACGUGAAUAUGAACCAUUACAAUCAAUCAUCUCCAUGGACUAGUGAGGCGUUCUCGGGUUAUACUCCGUAUGAUUGCACAUCCAAUCAAUCUUUCUCCGUACAAUGCUCAUCUUCAAAACCCUAUCACGCCUUGUUUCAUACGUACCCUCCUCAAUCUUCUGAUCCUCCAUCAUUAGACCAAUCACAAUCGAUGGUUCCUAUGCAACCUCUUACCGAUCAGUAUUUAAAGCCAUUAUAUCAAAGAUCGUGCGCGAAUGAUUUCGCCGCAACAAAUGCUUCAUCAGCCUCAUACUCUCUUUCUUUUGAAGCAAGUCAAGAUCCACAAGAACUAUGCAGGAGGACCUAUAGUACUUCUAAUGUAACACAGCUUGAUUUCACAUCAUCACAUCACCAAGCUAAACAUACACAUCCAAGAUUGUCUUCUCCUUCUUUCUCAACCCAUGGAGGGUCAAUGGCUCCUAAUUGUGGGACGGUUGGGAACAAAACACGGAUAAGGUGGACUCAAGAUCUUCAUGAGAAGUUCGUGGAAUGCGUAAAUCGCCUUGGUGGUGCUGAUAAGGCAACGCCCAAAGCGAUACUGAAGUUGAUGGAUUCUGAAGGACUCACAAUAUUUCAUGUUAAAAGCCACUUGCAGAAGUAUAGGAUUGCGAAAUACAUCCCUGACUAUCAAGAAGGCAAGUAUGAGAAGGGAUCUUGUUCGAAAGAGCUGUCCCAGCUUGACACAAAAACUGGAGUGCAAAUCAAAGAAGCACUUCAGCUUCAACUAGACGUUCAGAGGCAUCUUCAUGAACAACUAGAGAUUCAACGAAACUUGCAACUGAGAAUCGAAGAACAAGGAAAACAACUGAAAAUAAUGAUAGAACAACAACAAAAAACAAAAGAAUGUCUUCUCAAGUCACCAAACGCCGAAGCAUCAUUGUCUCUCUCCGCUUCCGAUCACUCUCCUCCGCCUUUCUCAAUACAAGAAGCCGAAGCCCUGAUGCUAACAAGUUACGAAGACACUCAAUUCCAAUCAAAGAUAAGCUGAACAUUGAGAGAUUGGCUAAAUAGAAAAAAGGCCUAAUUAAAUUAAAGCAUGUUGUUACUCUAUUCAAAGUGGUGUAAAGUUAUAAGAGUUGCGACAAGAGAAUGUCCAAAGUGCUACACACACUAACACUUGGAAACGGAAUCAGGUACUUAAAUGUGUGCAAGUGGUGUGUGAUGGGGUCUUAGUCAUAUAUAGACUGCUAAUAGAUGUGUGAGAUUAUUCUUAAUUAACUAUUUGUAUUUUUUUUUUAAUAUUUACAUAAAGAGAUAGCUUCUUAAUUUAGUAACGCUACUUUUAACAUUGUGCAUGAGGAACCCCACGUUUUAUUCUUUUCCUUUUUAUUCUACUUUGAUGAAG